CACACCAGGAUUCCCAGGUGCUUCUGCUUGCUGAUCAGGAGGCACACAGAGCACUCACCAUGAAGACUCAGCUGAGCUGGGUUUUCCUUGUUGCUAUUUUAAAAGGUGUCCAGUGUGAGGUGCAGCUGGUGGAGUCUGGGGGAGGCUUGGUUCAGCCUGGGGGGUCCCUGAGACUCUCCUGUGCAGCCUCUGGAUUCACCUUCAGUAGCUAUGGCAUGGGCUGGGCCCGCCAGGCUCCAGGGAAGGGGCUGGAGUGGGUCUCAGCCAUUAGAUAUGAUGGUAGUAGCACAUACUACGCAGACUCCGUGAAGGGCCGAUUCACCAUCUCCAGAGACAACGCCAAGAACUCGCUGUAUCUGCAGAUGAACAGCCUGAGAGCCGAGGACACGGCCGUGUAUUACUGUGCGAGAGACACAGUGAGGGGAAGUCAGUGUGAGCCCAGACACAAACCUCCUGCAGGAACACUCGGGGAAAUGAGCUGCAGGGGGCGCUCAGGAGCCACUGAUCAGAGUGAACCCCAGAGGCGGGUGCAGAUGGAGGCUGAUUUCCCGUCAGGAUUUGUUGUUCUUCCUUUAUCGUUGGCUUUUCCUGCUUCCCGCAAAGUAAAAUGUGCUUUCUAUGGUCUAAAUUCCAGGGCUCAUGCUCUAUUUCCUGGAGCUCAGUUCUGUGCUGAUGGAAUCAGGCCCACCCAGGUUAUCAGUGACAAUCUUCCUAACCUAGAGUCGGCUGAUGACACUUUUAAUAACAUUGAUGAAGUGUAUUUACAGCACCACCUAGGAAAAUUUGAGAUCAUCCCUCCUUUGUGGAGCUGCUUCACCAUUCUGGACACUGAGGGACAGACAGAGGGUGUGGCAGGCCAUGAACAUCAACGGCGCCAGUGUCUUUGA